AGCAGCGAAGGGAGGCAGCCGCUGGGGCCUCUAGUCUCCGCGCCUUGGCAAGAAGACGUCGCCCCGGGUAAAGAGAAGGCAAACCCAUGAGGACUCACUAAGCAGGUGCCGGGCUGGAAAAGAAGACAGGCAGUAUAAAAUGGGAGUGCUACGGAAGAGUAUGAAUGGAAUGCAGGGCUGGCCCUACUGUUGGGCACAGUGAGGACUUCAGGAGAACUACAUCUCUGUAAAGCACAUGUUGUGGUUGCCAUGGGAACACUGGCAGCAAAGGUCUUUCAGUGACACUCCCUGCCCACCAGCUUUCAGGAAAUUGCCGCUCAUUGGUUGCAAGUCAUAAGGAUUAAAAAAUGGCUUUUCGAAGGGUCGUGAAAGGGACUAUCCUCAUUGGAGGCGGUGCUGUAGCGACUGUGUUUGGCCUCUCCCAGUUUUCUCAGUAUAGAAACAAGCAUGGUGCUCUAGCAUCUGUCGAAGCUUCAGAAUGUCGGCCCUUGCAUAUGCACAGCACCCUACCCUGCAGAGAAAGUCAGCUCCAGGCCCUGCAAGAAACUUGCGAAUUUGACAUUCUUAUCAUAGGCGGAGGUGCUACAGGAAGUGGUUGUGCUUUAGACGCUGUUACGAGAGGCCUAACAACAGCCCUUGUAGAAAGAGAUGAUUUCUCAUCGGGGACCAGCAGCAGAAGCACUAAAUUGAUCCAUGGCGGAGUGAGAUAUCUUCAGACGGCCAUCAUGAAGUUGGAUUUUGACCAGUACAGAAUGGUGAAAGAAGCCCUGCAUGAACGUGCCAACCUGCUUGAGAUCGCACCUCAUUUAUCUUCUCCUCUGCCUAUAAUGCUUCCUGUUUACAAGUGGUGGCAGCUGCCGUACUACUGGGUGGGAAUUAAACUCUAUGACCUUGUAGCAGGAAGCCAGUGUCUGAAAAGCAGCUACGUACUUAGCAAAUCAAAAGCCCUGGAACUCUUUCCUAUGUUGCGGAAGGACAAACUCGUGGGUGCCAUUGUCUACUAUGAUGGACAACACAACGAUGCACGAAUGAACCUUGCCAUUGCCCUCACCGCUGCCAGGUAUGGGGCUGCCACAGCCAAUUACACUGAAGUGGUGCGCUUGCUGAAGAAGACGGAUGCAAAGAGCGGGGCGAGCCGCGUCUGCGGAGCAAGGUGCAGGGAUGUUCUAACAGGGCAGGAAUUUGAUGUCAGAGCCAAAUGUGUUAUCAAUGCUACAGGACCUUUCACAGACUCCGUGCGGAAAAUGGAUGAGCAGACAGUACCAAACAUCUGUCAGCCAAGCGCAGGCGUUCAUAUUGUGAUGCCUGGCUAUUACAGCCCUGAUAAUAUGGGACUUCUUGACCCAUCCACGAGUGAUGGCAGAGUGAUUUUCUUCUUGCCGUGGCAAAAGAUGACUAUUGCUGGUACUACGGAUACUGCAACCGAAGUCACAAGUCACCCAAUUCCUACAGAAGAAGAUAUCAAUUUCAUUUUGACGGAAGUGCGCAACUAUCUUAGUUGUGAUGUUGAAGUGAGGAGAGGAGAUGUCUUGGCAGCAUGGAGUGGGAUUCGUCCCCUAGUAACAAACCCCAAUUCUAAAGACACCCAAUCCAUAUCUCGGAAUCAUGUGGUGCAUGUUAGUGACAGCGGCCUUGUGACUAUAGCAGGUGGGAAAUGGACAACCUAUCGCUCGAUGGCAGAGGAUACAAUUGAUGCUGCAAUAAAAGCUCAUGGCCUGCGCGCGGGUCCCUGUAAGACAGUGGGUCUCUUCUUACAGGGUGGAGAGGGUUGGAGCCCGACUCUUUAUAUUCGACUGGUUCAAGAUUAUGGACUUGAGAGUGAGGUGGCUCAACAUCUCUCAAAUACAUUUGGGGACAAGGCCUUUGAAGUGGCAAAGUUGGCCCAGGUGACCGGGAAGAGGUGGCCUAUUGUUGGAAAUCGCCUGGUUUCCGAGUUUCCUUACAUUGAGUCUGAGAUUGAGUAUGCAAUCCAAGAGUAUGCCUGCACUGCGGUGGAUGUGAUUGCUCGCCGCACACGCCUGGCCUUCCUGAACGUGCAGGCUGCCGAAGAAGCCUUGCCAAAGAUAAUUGAGAUAAUGGGGAAGAAGCUCAAAUGGAGCGAACAGAAGAAAAAGGAGCAGCUUGCAGAGGCGAAGAAGUUUUUGUACUACGAAAUGGGCUACAAGGCACGAUCAGAGCAACUGACGGAUCGCAGUGAAAUCACUUUGUCCCCAGCAGAUAUUGAGAGAUAUAAAAAGAGAUUCCACAUGUUUGAUAAAGAUGGCAAAGGCUUUAUUACCAUAGUGGAUGUGCAGCGUGUGUUGGAGAGCAUCAACUUUCAAAUUAAUGAAAGAGCGCUCCACGAGAUUUUGAAUGAAGUGGAUUUGAACAAGAAUGGGCAGGUUGAAAUCAAUGAGUUUUUGCAGCUCAUGACUGCUAUUCAGAAAGGAUUUGUCUCUGGAAGCCGUCUAGCUGUACUUAUGAAAGCUGCAGAAGAGAACAUCCACCAGCGCGAUAGGAUUUCAGUAGAUCGGAGUGGUGGCGGUCUGUGAGUUUUGGGAACCCUCGGCUGCAAAAUGGUGGAUCUCGUGUUGCUGCUGAAAAACAUUCCAGUGCUUUCAGAUGUGUCCUGCUUCCUCUGCUUGAUCUGUCUGGCAUUGAGCAACCAUACGGAAAAAACACUGUUGCAGUCUGCUAACUUAACAGUCUACUAUUGCAGUCCUUAAAGUUCUAUUACCAUUUUGACUUUUGGCCUCCUUAACUGGGUAUAUGUUUCUGCUUUCUGCAGAAUCAGUGGUGGACAUGCAUUUGGAGUGAGGGAACUGUGCCCCCAGUGCCUUUUUCUGGGCAACUCCUGGGGGGAUCUGCACUAUACCUUGGCUGCCCUUGGGGCCCAUGGCAGGAGAUCCAGGUGCAGUUUCAUUGUGCCACCUGAACUGGAACAAGAAAAAUCCUUUUUCUACCUUAGUAAGGUGGCCUCUGGCUCUCUUCUCCUAUCUUGCUGCUUUGAUUUGGCAGAAGUGGAAGGUGCCAGAAUGCCUUUAGUGUCUUAUACGUCGGCUUGUUUAUUAAACUUCUGGAUUGCUUUUUUCCUUUUAGGAGAAGUGUGGUGUGCUAAAUAUUCAUCUUGUUGCCUAGAACUUUGGGGAUGAUUGUAUUAUUAUUAUUAUUACUACUGAUAUUGCAAAGCUAUUAAAGCAUGCGUGUCAUUUUAAAAAAAUGGAGUGAUUUGUUGUUGGGGAGAAUAAGAGUUCUCACAUCUGGAUUUUCCAUUGAAUAUUGCACAAAAUAUAAAUGUAUGUCCUGAUAAUUGCCAUGAUCAUUGUGUCCAGGUUGGAGGACAUAUUGAGUUCAACAUAUUUAAGUCUCAUUGAAACUAGUGGGGCUUACUUAAUUAUGUCCUGCACCUGUGAUUUACAGGUGAAUUUCUGAAAUCACUUUAAGACAAGCAUAAGUUUAGAAGCACACCACAAGAUUUUUAUGAUCAUUAUUUAAAUGGUGCCUAUUAUGCCACCAUGGGAAAACGCAACAUUAUGGAUGGAAGUUUCAUCCCUGUUAUUUCUUCUAUAGCAAGUGGUAAAGUUUGUGGUGCAUAUAUAGUUGGGUUUCUUGUGAUAUUUCUAUAGUGUUUUUAAUGCCAGUAUCUCAAUUUAUUGUUCAUUUAUGGAGAAUGCACAAAACAAAGCACAACCUGAAACUAUUCUAGCAUCUCAGCAUGUUUUGCUAGAGAAACAUGGAGCUGCGUUUCAUCUAAUUAUUAUUAAGGUAGCCUGUUGGAUUUUGGGCACGCUUUUGAAGCAUGGGUUUUUAUUUAUCUUUUGCCUAAAAUCCUUCCAAUUAAGCGGGAUUAUGCCACUUAGGUCACUUGGAAGCUUUCUUUUUGCUGUCUGCAAAAUGAAGGGAUGGUAUGCAGCAAAGAGAAAAGUUGACAUCAGGUGGGCCUUUAUUUUGAUAUCUCUUAUCUCCAAAGGCUUUUACCCUCUUGCCAGUUUUUUGUUUAAAGGAUACACCUGUAAGAAUUGACAUGGGAAAGUUCUGCACUAUUUUAACGGCACCAUCAUCAUUAUUACUCUUAUUAUCAUUAUUUAUUAUUGUUAGUUUUAUCCCUUGAGUGAUGCAAAGAGGGCAUCCCAGGUAACAAAAUGUAGGAAUUUGCCCUUAAUAGCAUGUAGAUGUAAGAAGGGUUUCUGUGCACAGGGCUUUUCAGUAGUGGCAUAUACUGCAGGAUCCUUCUAAUGGACCAUGGAACUAUCUUAAUAGUCCCACAAUGCCAUCCUCAAACCACUCCCCUGACAAAAACACUUUAUAUGCACUUUUUGAAGGUGUAGAGGGCCUUUACUGCUAGGAAUAGCUGCAAGUGUAUUAAAAGUAACCCGGCAACUAACUUUUAGAAGGAUGCAUUCACGUUUUUUGCAUGUAGAAUAUAUUUUUUUUCAUUCUCAAAAUGAAGGCAAAGAGCCACAAUCUAGUAAAAUAUAUUCGAGGGCAACGUUCUCAAAAGCCUGCCGUGAAAUUCCAUUCAGAUAUUUCCCCUUCUUUUUGCUAUGAUCAAGGUCCCUUAGACCUUCUGUUUUAUAUGUUGGCAGUAGCAGGAAGGAAAUGGAGAAGAAACAGAUUUGUCUUGCUUUUAGACCCUGAGCAUUUCAGAUAGAAUUCAAACAUGUGACUAAAGCCUUGUGUAUAUUUGGACAUUUGAGACGUCUGUGUCUGAGCACAAAGGGUUAUUUUGUACUGUUGGCUGCUUCCCCUGCAUACCACCAACACACAUUAGGCUGUUUUUUCAUAUAUGUUUUCAUCCCCUUAUAUUAUGUGUAUGUGCAUCUAGUUUGGGGGACAUUAAAAAUCAGCACCAACGAUUAAGUGAAUACUUGCUUUCCCACAUAUUGCAGAAUGUGGGGAAAUGACUACCUGUAUUUUCUCUAUUUGUACCCCUACAAGGGUGUGUGUGCCAAUGUUUGUGGGCCAAUCAAAGUAGCAUUUUAAAAUUUCACACCUUCAGACAAAAGAACAUCUGCUAACAUGUUCUCUUUCUCUUUCUCUAACCAUUCAUCCGCACCAAAGUUAGCUUAGCAGCAGGGCUUUUAGCACUGAAGAGCAAUGGGUAUCCAAGCCAUGUUACUUAAGACAACCUCUCAUAAACCUUUAUGUGCACAUUAGCAGAAGGCAACACAGGAUUUCCAGCAAUGCCUAGUUAUGCCAAUAACUUUAGCCCUGUCGGGGCAUCAUGAGCUCCUGUUUCCAACAACACAGGAGCAAGGAGCAGGCAGCACCAUGUAGAUUUGCAUCUGAUGUCAUGUGCUUUCCCCCCCAAGGUCUGCACAUACAGCGCAACACUUGUGAGAACUUCCCCAGAACCUUGAUUAUGGUGGGGUGACCUUCAUGCGCACCGCUAUGCUCAUGAAUGGCCCUUCCCUACAGACGUCGGUGGGACUCCUUGGUGUGGUUCCAUUCCUUGCUCCCAUAGCUCUUUCACCUAGCGCAGGCACUACUCUCCUCACCACUUGCUACCAACACGUUCACACCGUGAGCAUGCUUGUGUAGCAGAGAUUCUUUUCCUUUCUUCCGUAGUUUUAGAGUAUGCAGGUUCCCCCAUUUGGGAUUGGAUCUCUCUGAAUGUCUUUCGCUUUGCGACGCAAGAGUCACAUGUGCGCCACUGCUUUGAACAGGAAGCAAAAAGUUAUGCGCACCAUACUUGCUUGAUUCAGUCAAACGAUAGGCGGAGAAUUACUUGAUGGGCACGACGUUCUGGAUUUUUUGUUGUUGUAAAUUUGGAAGGUGGUCACGUGCGGGAAAUAGAAAGUACAUGCAGGGCUUUUACUUUUCCUAGAUAAUAAUUCUGUAUAAUGCCACAGUGUUCCAAAAAGAAAGCCAAAACAAUUAACAGCAAAGCAGGCCUGUGGUUUGGUUUGGGGUGUGUGUGUGUGUGUGUGUGUGUGUGUGUGUGUAUGCACACGUACCUAUAUGCAUACAUAUACAUAUAUACUUUGCCGCAUGUUUUUCCAUCUGGCACUUUUAUGUAUUGUGACGGGUUAUUGUUCAGGAUUGGACUGUUAAAUACUGUGUUUGAGGCUGGGUUGUCAUUUUUAUAACUGUCUCUGUGUUUUAUUGUCAUUAUUUAUUACUUUUGAUAUACAGAAUGAGCUGCAUGCAUUUAUAGAGCAAUAAGAGGAUGUAUUUAAUGUGCCUUGUUUUUAACUGAAUAAGAACUGAACACAUGAAUCAAUAAAACUGAUUAAAAUGGUCCACUCGCUGGCAUUUUGAUGUUACCGGCAGUUACGGAAAUAAAGUUGAUUAGCCUUGAACUAUACCCUCCCUUCUCUUGCGCCUCCCCGCCCCACCUCCCCCAGUGGUUAAAAGUUUAAAACAGAGACUUCUUAAACCUCCAGUUUUAAGGGAAAAUAUAAAUUACUGGCCUUAACUCUGUUUAUCUGGUUGGGCAAAUUAGGAGUUAAAAUCCAAAGAAGCUUGUCAUGAGGUAUUAACGGUAGAUUUCUGUGUUGGAAUACAGUAGAAUAUAUUUUCAUUGCUACCAUGAAGGGCUUCCCCCCCUCCUUUUUCUCUCCCCUCCCCACACUGUGAGAUCAGAAAAUGGCAACAGCCCACAAAUCAUUACCAGGAUGGACUUAUUUAUUUAUUUUGUUUCAUUCAACCCAAAGCUCUUCAGGCGCCAUGUCCCCAGCCCACACGGAUGAAUUUUAUCAUGACUAAAAUCAAUAGGAAUAAAUGGAAAAGAUUACAUAAUCCAUUUUGAUCAUCUUGCAUGUCAGGUUAGUCCAGAGUUGCCAAGUGCUGAUAAAUGUUCUGAAAAGAGAGGGAGGGGGGAAGCUAUAUAUUUCCAUUGACAGCAAAUCAGCUAAGCUGUUUAUAAGUUUUUUAACCCAUUAAAAAUAAGAGUCAUUCUCACAUUCUUCUAUAGUCUCAAAUUUACAUAUGGCGCAUGGGCUUUUUCAGAUUAUGGUUUUGUUUCUUAACGCUUGCUGUUGGAAUGCAUUUGUUUUGCUUCGUCAUGCUCUGUGGUUGGCGGCUGGAACAUUAUGAAAUGUUUAGAAUCAAUGCAUCUUGAGCACAUAACUGCAGCCCGCCCCAUUAAAAAACAACAACAAUUGGUUGUGUAGGUGAUGUUUUUGGAGACACAUUAUUCCACCCAAAACCUCAGAGCUUGCUACCUUCCUUAUGCUCAAGAGCGUUAAUGUCCCUCCGCCCCAGAUCCUUGCAUGCACUUUUAGAGGGAUAGUUGCCCUUUCCACAGAGAUAGAUAAAUGAAUUCACAAUAAACCUAGUGAAAUGGAUGUGCCGUGGCCAAGGUUUCAGGCUCCAAACACAUAGAAAAAAGGAGGACGCACAUUUUAGCAGCGAGCCUGGAAAAUACCAAGUGCUUAGAGUGAAUUCCCACAUCAAAUUUGAGCUGAUUGCAUUUGAUUGGGGGAGAUUAUAAAAGAGAGCAACAUCUUCAGUGAUGUGCGUUUUGUCGCUUAAAUGAGUUCUGUUUCUCACCCGCUGAAAAUGAAGGGCCUCUCAAGU